AUGGAAAAAGAUGAUCAUCUGAAAUUCAAAAUCAUGGCUAAGGAAGCAAAUUCUAUUGGCUCUACAAGUAACAACGAGUACGAAUCGAUACCAAGUUCUAGAGGUAGGGACUAUUUUCAGUGGCUUAGGGUGAUUUUCUAUGCUUUUCUUCUCAUCUCAGGCCAAGCAGCAGCAAUGCUAUUAGGAAGAUUGUAUUUUGCCAAAGGUGGAAAUAGUAAUUGGAUGGCAACACUUGUUCAACUAGCUGGAUUUCCAAUCCUCCUUCCUUACUAUUGCUUUGCAGGGCGAAAGAGCGAAAUUAUAAGCACUUUCAGCAGCUCAUCACCAACAUCAUCUCUAGUUCUUGUACUAGUUUGUGUCUUUCUUGGCAUAGUUUUAGUCGCGGAUUGUUUCUUGUAUUCAAUUGGCCUUUCUUACCUUCCAAUCUCUACGUAUUCCCUCAUUUCGGCUUCUCAAUUGGCAUUCAACGCCUUUUUCUCCUUCUUUCUCAACUCGCAAAAGUUCACUCCUUUUAUUGUCAAUUCUCUUGUGUUGCUUACCAUCUCUUCUGUUCUCCUCAUCUUCAACGUCGAUCCUGAAGAAGGCGCGCAUGGUGUCUCCUCCAAAGGAAAGUAUGUGAUCGGAUUCAUUUGCACGGUGGCUGCAUCCGCUGUGUAUGGCUUGUUGCUCUCUUUGACACAAUUUGUUAUCAAAAAAGUACUAAAGAGGGAAACUUUCUCCAUCGUCAUGAAUAUCACAAUCUUGGAAUCAUUACUAGCGACGAGUGUUUCUCUUCUGGGACUUUUUGCAAGCAGCGAAUGGAAAAAUUUGGGAAAUGAAAUGUAUGCAUUUCGGUUAGGGAAAGUGUCCUAUGUCAUGACAUUGGUUGGGACAGCUAUAUCAUGGCAAGCUUUUUUCAUUGGGACAAUAGGAUUGAUUCUUGAGGUGUCUUCACUCUUUUCUAAUGCCAUUAGUGUUUUGGGCUUGCCAAUGGUUCCAAUCCUAGCUGUGUUUUUCUUCAAUGAAAAAAUGUAUGGAGUGAAGGUGAUUUCAUUGGUAUUGGCCAUUUGGGGCUUCAUUUCAUAUGUUUAUCAAGACUAUGUUGACAGUUACAAUUCAAAAGCACCUAGUGAAAAUGCAAAUGGAGAAAUUAGAGCUUCUCAAGAGGAAUAUUCUAACAUUGCUUGA